AUGAAAGAAGUAGCAGGUCCUUCGAAGAAGUCUAGGACUUCAAAGAAGACUAAGAUCAUCAUUCCUGAGGCAACUGUUAAAGAAACGAAGACAUCAAAAACCCACUUCAGUUACCAUUCCUUCGAAAUCUGGAGUUCUUCACAGAUUAAAACUGAAGUAUGGUGGUUCUCCUACUUCAAAUGUGGUUCGCAAGCCUCAUGUUACUCACCAAAGAGUGCAAAUGUCAUCAUGGGUGAAGGAGAUUUCACAAAGGAAACUACUCAACCUCCACAAGUCUCAAGCAGACAUGGGGGAGGAAGUUUAGUGUCCAGUUUCGAAAUUGAUGGACUGCUGAAGGCUUGUGAGGCACGAAUGGUGAGCAAUAUGUCUGGUAUGCUUAAAGAUUCAGUGUUGAGAAUAUUGGAGAAGAUAGAUCAUGCUGAACAUACAAAAGAGUUGAGGAUAAAUUCUUUUAAUUCCAAAUAUGUGGGUGUUGUGAAAGAAUUAACGAAUGUUCAAAAUACUUUGUUCGUAAUGGAUCUGAAGAAGGUGAGAGAAGAUAUAAAUUUGAAGCUUCAGGAGCUUCAUGAUGACAUGGUUCGUGAAGUAACAGUUGUUCAAAAUGACUAUGCCACUUUGCAUAAGAAAGUCGAUAUAAUUUGUGAUGCUGUCACGGAGUAUUUUACGUUGUAUGAAAGCAUGAGUCCUCAAAUUACUCAACUUUCUACAACUGACAAUCAACAAUUUGGGGAGGUCAUCUCGAUGCUUAUAGACUUGAAGGAAUCGGUGCUAAAUCCUGUUACAUCUUCAAUAAUUACUCCUGAGUUUCUUUCCCAAAAUUUUACAUAG